AUGUGUUUCUUCGAAUGCUACAAAUACUCUUGUCGCGAUUGGAGAUGGGGCAAUUUCAGGCAACACUGUAACCGAGAGUGGCGGCUAGGAGAGACAUGUGACAUGAAGCUUUUGUAUUGUACCAUCGAUCUGCCUAACAAGUGCACUUUCUGCGAGAAGAUUGAAACAAAGCUUCGUAAAAGAGAAAGAGCUCUAUCUGAUCGGGAGCGUUGGCUUGAAGAACCGCAACGCUUCCACGCCUCUAUACAGAAGGCCACGGAGGAUAUCGAAGUGCUCGAAAGGGAGAUUACAGCUGCACAAGCCGAGAAGGAUCGCAAAUACCAGAAUGUUGGUAAUACGAAGCGCCCCUCGGAU